CUUUUAGAUUCUAUAUUUCAAUAAAUCCAGCCGCUAUGGAUAAAUUAUGAAUCCGCAUUGUACUAUAGUUGUACAGUAGGGAUGAGUUCUACCUGAUCCUGUUCCCCUCUCUAUAUAUAAGAUACACAAGAGAAUAAAUCAAAAUAAUUAAUUAGUUAUCAUCAAUGGCAACACAUGUUGACGAAGAACACCACGUAGAAUCACUCUCUUCAUCCGAUCAGAAGCUACAAGUGAAAGACUUUGUGUGGUCGGCCGAGGAAUGGCCGAAACUGAAGCACGAUGUCUUCGACGACGAACAAGACAUCCCUGUGAUAAGACUUAGCCGGGAAGGCGAAGAAGACUACGGCGGCCUCUGCCGGAAAAUGGUGGCAGCUGCUCAGAAAUGGGGAUUCUUCAAGCUGGUAGAUCAUGGCGUGGCUGCCGAGAUUAUAAAUGAUAUCACCGUCUGCUUGAACAGAUUUUACGAUCUCCCGAUGGAGCAGAAGCUCAAGGGAGCUCGAACGGGAAGCUUGCCUUUGGGUUAUUCGGCAUCCAACGUCGAUUAUGGAAACAAUUUGCCGUGGGCGGAGAUCUUGCAGUUGCUUCACUCGCCGCAGCAGGUGCUGGAGUUUGCCACCAGGGUUUAUGGCGAUCACUCGCACCAUCACUUUAGCAAUGCAAUGAUGAAGUAUUUGAAUGCAAUGGAAGAAGUUGGAAUACGUAUAUUGGAGAUGCUAGCUACUGGUUUAGGGCUUGGUAGUGACUUCUUCAGUCGACACUUGAGGGAGCAAGAGAACAGUAUGAUCCGAGUUAAUCGAUACCCACCGUGCCCUCUCCCCGGCCGAUGCUUGGGUCUCGGCAGCCAUUCCGACCCUCACACUCUAACCAUAUUGCUCCAAGAUCAAGUAGGUGGCCUACAAGUUUGCGACCAUCACAAUCGCUGGUUUGGAGUCCGCCCCCUUCCUAACUCCUUUGUUGUUAAUAUAGGCGACACACUUGAGGCUUGGAGUAAUGGAAGGUUAAAGAGUGUAGUUCACAGAGCUGUUGUGAAUGAGGAAAGGCAUCGUCUCUCACUUGCAUAUUUCAUCAGCCCUGCUGCUGAUACUCCAAUAGAGAGCCCUUUGCAGCUCAUGAAUGCACAGCCUAAGCCAAGAAACUAUAAAACAUUUACAUGGGCUGAUUUCAGGAACGAGCUUCUCAAGCAAAGGAGAGUUGUCGGAAAAACUGCGCUUCAUAGAUAUCUUAUCGAUUCUUAAAUGUGUUGAUAAUAAUUGAGAUCAAUGGAAUCAAAUUAACGAGUCACGCUCUUGUUUUUUAUCCUUGUAAAAGGUGAUUUGAGAUCAAUGGAAUGAAAUUAAGUCUAUUUACUGUA